AUGACUCUCAUUGCGCUCUGGAGGACUGUUGCGGUGGCAGCCCUGCUCAUUGUGACGGCCGAGGCCUGGGCAUCGAUCGAGUCUCGCUCCCACAGACUAUGGUCAAGACAGCAGAUUCAGCAUUUAAAUGCUAGCUCCAAUCGAACCGAGCAGCUUUCGCCAGCCAUACUAGAACUCAAGAGCUUGAUCGAGGACAAUCCCAGCAUCAACAUACUUUUUACGCAGAUGCUUGAUGAUCAGGUCCCACACCAGCCAGCUUUCAAAACGAACCCAUUGAACCGAACUGAGAUUCGCAAUUACCACGACUUGCUGUGCGCGCUCAACCGCAUCAUCAAUGAAGGUCUGCAAUGGUCAACUGCGGCCAAUGACCUCGGCCUGCUCGCUGCGCCCAUAGUCACCAUUCUGGACUAUCCGAUGCAGACUCCAGCCGGUUACGCCGCCUUUCUCGAGCCCGAAGUCAAUCGCGUGAUGCAGAACAUCCUCAACGGGUGGAGCAGCUUUCUGACAAGCUCUCAGAGUGCCCGAGUCUUGAACUCUGAACAAGGAUGGUUCAGCCCAAGUGGUUUGAAGGCCCUCGAGGCGACUUUAAAUGCACCCUUAAAUACUCAUUACAAGUUUGAGGACUUUUUCCAAGCCCCAGACCCGAAUGCAACGUACUAUGGCUUCAGGUCCUGGGACGCCUUCUUCACACGCCAAUUGAAACCCGGUGUCCGACCUCUAGCAUCGCCGGACGAUGACGACGUGAUUGCAAACCCAUGCGAAGCCCAGCCUUACAACAUGGCCACCAGAGUCCCACUUCGUAGCAAGUAUUGGAUCAAGAAGCAGGAGUACUCCGUCCAGGACAUACUUGGCAACGACGACCUCGCCGGAAUUUUGGAGAAUGGCACUUUGUACCAGGCUUACCUCUCCGCACUCUCCUAUCACCGCUGGCAUUCACCCGUUAGCGGCACCGUUGUCAAGGUGUUCGUCAAGGAAGGCACCUACUUCGCUGAGCCCCUGCAAGAGCCCUCUCCCACGAACGCAAGCUUCAUCUACGACAUCCAAUCACGUUCUUUAAACAACCUCAACUCUCAAGGAUAUCUCGCUGCCCUCAACACCCGCGGCAUCAUCUUUAUCGAAGCGGAUAAUCCGGCCAUCGGCUUGAUGGCAUUCGUUGCUGUCGGGAACUACGAGGUCUCCACCAUCGACAUCACCGUUCAGGAAGGCCAGCACAUUGAGAAGGGUCAAGAGACGGGAAUGUUCCAUUUUGGAGGCAGUGCUUUUGUAGUCCUGUUUCAAGAGGGCGUUGAGAUAGAGGGAUUCCCAUCUGUCGACAAUACCCCGAACAACGUGCCUGUCCUUGGCAAAUUGGCGGUCGUGAAACCAUGA